AUGGUUAAGAUUCUCUGCCUCGCUGCCUUGGGCCUUGCUGCCCUCUCUCAGGCUACUAAGCUGCAUGUCAACAAUGGCUACAUUACUGUCGACGAGGCUGUUGUCCGCAGCUCCAUUGACGUUAGCCCCCCUGUGAACAUCUACGCCCGGUUCGAUGGCAGUUCCAACAAGGAAAUGGUCAAGCCCGGCUGCAAGUUGCACGCGAAUUGGGAAAGCAGCUAUGGUGAUAUUUACUUUGGCGAGGACAACUGCCUCUAUGACUCCAAGGGCCAGAACAUCAACGGCCAGUGCUGCAAGCCAGAGGGUAAUCUGCCCGAGACGUCUGCGAUGAUGAGAGUAGGUGCCACUGUCGCGCAGAAUGCAUCGUUGCUUGUGGGUCGAGAGAAGGACAGCAUCGAGGCUCUCGAUGGGACCCCGUGGUGGGUCGGUGAUGCAGCAGGCGAGAAUGGGGUCGCUGGAAGAUUGGCACUGGGCGGGCCGAGAUUGCUAGUCUCUCGACCGAAUCCCCGGUUUGCAUGUCACGAGGGUGACAGAGAGCCCAUGAACCCCCGUGGCCGGAUGUGGCCGGAGGUAAACGGCAAACUGGAGCGGGAUAUGUCGACUUAG